AUGGUGGUGGUGACCGUGGUGGGGCUCCUCCAGGACCCAGCUUUCCAUGCAGCCAAGUGCACAGCAGAGGCUCUGAAGCUGAAGUUUCCACACAAGUUUGCAGACCCUGUGAUACAGCCUUUGGUAGAAGUUGCAUGGCAUGAAUAUCUGCAGAAGAAAAAGAGGGAGCUGAGAGGUGAGGUGUGGGCAUACACCUCCUCAGUGAUGUGCUUCAUGGAUGGCCAGCUGCUGGGGGAUGAGAAGGAGCUGCUCUCGUGGUCUUCCCAUGAGUGGAACUAUCAGGACACCAAGCCCAGCACACUUCACCAAGCAGCUGCUGGGGAAUUCUACACCAACUACUUGAAACAGAGCCAGCACGUGUUUGUGUACCUGGAGAUUGCCAUCGAGGAACAGCCCAUUGGGAGGCUGCUGUUUGAGCUCUUUUCUGAUGUGUGUCCCAGGACCUGUGAGAAUUUCCGUGCCCUGUGCGCUGGAGGAGCGAAGUCUCCCCGGGACGGCCGAGAGCUCACCUACAAAGACUCCGUUUUCCAUCGCCUGCUGAAGAGCUGGUGGAUCCAAGGAGGAGACAUCGUAACUGGAAAGGGAGGUGGAGGAGAGUCAAUUUUUGGCCCCACCUUUGAAGAUGAAAGCUUCGCCAUCAGUCACAAGGGCAGAGGUGUCCUGGGCAUGGCCAACCAGGGCCGUCACAGCAACAGCUCACAGUUCUACAUCACCUUCCAGCCAGCCCCCUACCUGGACAGAAGAUACGUGGCCUUUGGGCAACUGAUUGAGGGCACAGAGGUGCUCCAGAAACUGGAAGAUGUACCUACAUGUAAUGAAAGGCCCACAGUAGCCUGCAGGAUUGUUCAGUGUGGCACCUUUGAGCCUUGA